GCAGCUGCCCCACCACAGCAGAGAGCCUGGGGGCAUCACCCAGCGUGUGGGAGCCAUGCCCGGAUCCAGCUGUUGCCCAGCCCUGGGACGGGCAGGACAAAGCAUCCCAUGAUGAAGGACUCAGGGAACUUAGCCGUGGCCACUCGAUAAUGAGGACCGAGCCUGCCCCUCCAUCCCCACCAAGUGCCCAGCCUGGGGCCAUGGAGGCUACCCCUGAGCCUGGGGGCGGCCCCGCUAGCCCGACGCCCCCCGCUAGCCCAACAGCCCCGCUAGCUAGUCCUAUGUGUCGGACAGGGCCAAGUGGCAUGUUGGAGCAUUUGGGGGACAGCGCCCUGGAUCCCGCUCGGGACCUCUCCCAGUGCCUGGGAGAGGGUGUCCUGCCACUGGCAGGGGCAGGCGACUGGGGCAGCGCGUCCAGGCUGACGUGGGAGGCUGCAGGUCCAAAAGCCCAGGGAGAGGAAGGAGAGCCUGGGGGGUUCCUCCUGGCGGGGCAGAGCGAGGGCUCUGCCACUGGGGGACCAGCAGAGGAGGAAGAAGAGGAGAGGCAGAGAGGCAUGGCUGAGCUUGCUGGGGAGAGCAUCUCGGGUGUACCAGGAGCUGGCUGCGAAACCGAGUGCUGGAGGGGUGGCAUGGGUGAUGCACCAGUGCUCCCUGGGGAGAAUACCCUGAGGCAGGACACAGGCAGUCCAUCCCAGCUCCCACCCAGCAAGGAGGAGAGUGCUGCCGGGGCUGGGCAUCCUGGUGGGGAGGGCGUCCCGGUGCCCGCUGGAGAGGGAGCAGGCAGCACCUCUGCCUGCACAGACGGCAGUGCCAGGGCUGAGGGCGCCCUCCUGGGUGCUGGCCAGAAGCCAGUGAGGGGUGCAUGGGAGGGGGCACCCUCAGAGAGCCACAAGCCCCUGCCACCCCUGGAGCUGCUGUGCCGUGGCGUUGAGGGGCUCUCACCCGCAGCCUGGGCUGAGGAGCCGGUGGGGGCAGAUGAGGACGCAGGCUCACCACAGCAGCACCCAUGCAGCCAGGAGGGCGAGCAGGAAGAGGGAGACACCCCAAAGGCAGAGCACGCCAGUGCUGGGACCUUGAGCGAGGCCAGCCCAGGUGCUGAGGAGAGCUGGGACGUGCUGUUCAACGAUGACGGGGACUGCCUGGACCCACGCCUGCUGGAGGAGCUCUCGGGGGGCGAGAAGCGCCGGGAGAGCAGGCAGUCACCCCGCUUUGACUACUACGGUGCCGAGCCUGCUGCACCAGACCUCAGCGAUGCCGAGCUGCCCCAUGUCAUCGAGAUCUAUGAUUUCCCCUCGGAUUUCCGCACCGAGGACCUGCUGCGUGUCUUCUGCAGCUAUCAGAAAAAAGGCUUUGAUAUUAAGUGGGUGGAUGAUACGCACGCCCUGGGCAUCUUCUCCAGCCCCAUAACAGCACAUGAUGCCCUCAGCACCAAGCACCUGAUGGUGAAGACUCGCCCCCUCUCCCAGGGCACCCGCGCCUCUAAAGCCAAAGCCAGGGCGUAUGCUGACUACCUGCAGCCAGCCAAGGAGCGCCCCGAAACGUCGGCCGCCCUGGCCAGGCGGCUGGUGAUCGGCGCCCUGGGGGUACGCAGCAAACAGACGCCAGCCCAGCGAGAUGCUGAGCGGAGGAAGCUGCAAGAAGCUCGGGAGAGGAAGCGCCUGGAGAACAAGCAGCGGGAGGAUGCCUGGGAGGGCCGGGAGUGAGUCUGGAGGCUGCACCUUACCCCUGCUGGGAAAUCCCGGGGGUGCCCAGGCUCCUCUCUGCGGGCAGGCAGGGCACCCUGCAUCUCAGAGCAGGGGCGGAUCCUGCACCGCGUCCCAAAGCACUGGGCUGCUCCGCUGAAGAGGCUGAGCAGGGCGUGCGCAGGCCGGUCGGGGCUGU